CUACAUCCCCUUUUGAUGUCUUUCUGCAAACUUGUAAAGUUUUAUUCAAUAAGUGUAUUCCACUUCUGUAGAUUAACACUACUGUUUUCCGAUUCGAGGUAUAUUUGCUCCGACACCUGCAAUCUGCAAACCGCUCACAAAGGCACCAUUGAAAUGCUGCGGAGAUUCAUAGGACAAGCUUCUAUAGCACAACGAUGUCGAUGCCUCAUCAGUCGGCAAUCGUCAGCUGACACUCUCCGUCGAUGUUCAUCUUCGGCGACUGCGUCGUCUCAAGCUCCGGUGGGAACUUCCGCCGAACAACCGACGAACACUCAGUUUUCCGAUGAUUACACUUCUCAACCCGCCGCGAGGAUUUCCAUAGACCGGUCAGGAUUGAGCAAUCCUCCUGAGCAUUCUCAUGAAACGUCGAAAGAUUCUGAGCUUGUUAAGCAUCUUAAAAGCAUAAUUAAGUUCAGAGGUGGCCCAAUAUCGGUUGCUGAGUACAUGGAAGAAGUCCUGAUAAAUCCCAAGGCUGGUUUUUAUAUCAAUCGGGAUGUUUUCGGUGCAGAAGGUGACUUCAUAACAUCCCCUGAAGUAAGCCAAAUGUUUGGAGAGAUGGUUGGUGUUUGGGCAAUGUGUUUGUGGGAGCAAAUGGGGCAACCAGAUAGAGUCAAUCUAGUUGAGCUGGGGCCAGGAAGAGGAACUCUCAUGGCUGAUCUUCUAAGAGGUGCUUCAAAGUUUGAGAAGUUCACAAAAUCCCUAAACAUACACAUGAUUGAAGUUAGUCCAGCAUUAAAGAAGAUCCAAAAGCUAACAUUAAAAUGUGAAGAUGAGGAUGAAAAUACUGCUACCACAUUGACUGGAACACCUGUUUCAUGGCACUCAACCCUAGAGGAAGUUCCAACAGGAUUGCCAACAAUUAUCAUUGCCCAUGAAUUCUAUGAUGCCUUACCAGUUCAUCAGUUUCAGAAAGCUUCUCGUGGGUGGUGUGAAAAGAUGAUUGAUGUUGCAGAAGAUUCAAAGUUUCGUGUUGUCCUCUCACCACAGCCUACACCUGCAACCCUUUACCUUCUAAAACGUUGCAAGUGGGCCCCGACUGAAGAUUUAAGUAAACUUGAACAUGUUGAGAUUUGCCCCAAAGCAAUGGAUUUGACACAAAAUAUUGCCAAAAGAAUAAGUAGUGAUGGUGGUGGGGCCCUCAUAAUUGAUUAUGGCUUGGAUGGAAUAGUCUCCGAUAGUCUUCAGGCAAUUCGAAAACACAAGUUUGUGAAUAUGUUGGAUGAUCCUGGUUCUGCUGAUCUAAGUGCAUAUGUUGAUUUUCCUGCAAUCAAGCAUUCUGCUGAGGAAGUUUCCGAAGAUGUGUGUGUGUAUGGGCCAAUCACACAGUCUCAUUUUCUUGGUAAUCUUGGGAUAAAUUUCCGCGUGGAAUCUUUGCUACAAAAUUGCACGGAGGAGCAAGCUGAGUCACUGAGAACAGGCUACUGGCGGUUGGUGGGGGAGGGUGAAGCUCCAUUUUGGGAAGGUCCAAAUGAGCAAAUGCCAAUUGGAAUGGGCACUCGGUAUCUAGCAAUGGCUAUUGUUAACAAAAAGCAAGGUACCCCUGUCCCCUUUCAUUAACUUAAAUUCAUACUAUAAAACUAACAUUUGAUUUUUUAUUUUCAUGUUGGAUUAUGAUUGUUAGAGAUGUUUAAUUAAUAUUUUAAUAAAUAUAUCGGUUGUUGGGAGCCAAGUAAUUGAAAGAGCACUUGUGUGCUUUUUCGUUUACGAUUACUGUUUUC